AUGCCCAAGAGCUUCAGCACGGGCGACAUCGCGCGCCUGCAGGAGGAGGUGGCGCCGCCGCGCCGCUCCUGCAGCACGUGGGUGGCCGUCGGUGACCUGGGCACCAGCUCGCAGCUGCCGUCGCCGCAGGCACGCCAGCAGCCGCCGGCCGGCCAGUCGCCCUUCUCUGCCGCCGACCUGGUGCGCGCCGUAAACAAGAAGGUACGGCAGGACUACAUCCGGCGGCGCCUGCAGACCGCCUUCAAGGCGCUGCGACGGCUAUCGCAGAGCGAGUUCAGCCUGGAGCAGCUGCUGAGCGGCGGCCUGCCUGCCUCUUGCACCGACCUCGAUCGGCGGGGCAUCACCGUGCGAGAGGUGGAUCGGGAGCGGGGCCAGCCGCUCACGCGCUACCAGCGCAACAUGAUGGUGUUCAACUGGCUCCAGACGCUCGACGACGACGCGGACGAGCUCAAGGUCGCGUAG